AUAAUUAUUUAGUUCUUAACUGUUAUGUUUUUUAUUUCUUGCCUCAAAUGUUCAUAGGAAAGCUGUCCAUCAAACAGCAGUAGGGAGUUUAUAGCAUUUGUUGUUGAGUACUCACCUAGAAUGCUGCUCAUGAUGAAGUUAAUUUUACCUCUGCUCUGCUGGCUGUGCAUUCAAGGUGUGGAAGGAACAAGCCGAUCUCCAGUGCGGUGGUGCACGGUGAGCAACGCAGAGUAUGCCAAGUGUACGGCUCUGGCAGCUGCAAUUGCCGAUGACUACAUUGCAUUUGCCACCACCCACACCACCCUCCAGUGUAUCGAGAAAAAUCAUCAUGAUGAGUGCAUGCAGACAAUUGACAACAACAAAGCAGACAUUGUGUCUCUUGACGCCAAUGAAAUAUUCCUGGGCGGGCGCUACCAUUCGCUGGUGCCUAUCAUGAAGAAUGUGUACCAAGAUGGAGAGAGUGACUUCUACUCGGUGGCUGUGGUGAAGCGUGGCACCCUCAGCGGCUACUCCGGCCUCUACAGCCUGCGUAACGUCACUGCCUGCUUCCCCUCUGUGGCCUCCAUGGGCGGCUGGGUCAUCCCCAUCUCCAGGCUGAUGGAAGCCGGGGCCAUGAAGGUGGCAGACUGCAACAACUACGUCAAGUCUGCCUCUGCCUUCUUUGCUGGGGGCUGUGCAGUCAACAUCCUGGCAGAUAAACAUAACCCACUGGAUGUGUAUAAGUGCCUAGAUGUGGCGUGCCUAGCCGUGCCCUGGGCGUUCUGGGACGGCAAGAUCUUCCAUCACUUCUACCUGCGCGCCAAACUGGGGGCCCGCAUAGACGAUCUCGUGGACCACAAGGAGCCGCUGCUGCGGGAGUUCCAGGAGAUCAAGUCUCUCAUCGCCGCCCACAUCCCCGUCCUCCCCCCGCCCCCUGCCCACCACGGCUCCCCCAAGUCCAGCCCCAAGAAGUCCCCCAGCAGUAUGACCAGAAGCUCGUCCCGCUCUCCAGCCCACUCACCGCCCACUCAACCCCCUCACCCGCCCACAACCCUCAACAUCAGCAAGCCCAACUACAGCAGCGGGUCCCCUAGGAUCUCCCCCCGUGGGUCACCACUCUCGCCCCACUCCCCCCAUCUCAAGAAGAUCCUACAGAAAGCCAAUACUCCCCCAAGCUACAAGUCCCCCGUCAAGAAAGGCCCCCACGUCAAGGGGACCGUAUCCCCAGCACUGGUCAAGUCCCCUGUCAAGAAGCCACCUGUCAAGGGGGGCACGGUGUCCCCCGCUCUGGUCAAGUCCCCCGUCAAAGGGGGGACGGUCUCCCCCGCUCUCAUCAAGUCCCCUGUCAAGAAGCUCCCCCAGACCACGGCCAUGUGAUUCGGCCAGUCCCCCCUUGAGACGCAGAUCUGAAUUUGUCCUCUUAUUGUAACUUUAAUUAUAAUUUAACUAAUUAUUUAUAUAUAUUUACGAAUAUCAAAUGCCAAACA